AUGCCUCAAUCAGACUGGAACCGCCGAGUCCUCGCAGAGCUCAAAUCACGAGCAAACGAACAACGAGAGCCGGAGCCAGCAUGGCUGUCCGCCGCAGCAGGGACAAAACGCAAGGCCACCGAAACUCCCCUCGACCCAGCAGACGUCGACGACAUCAGCCUCGACGGCAUGCCCAUGGACGCAAGCUGCAACCAAGUCCGGGGCAAGAUCCGACGCUUCCUCGAGGCCGGCGAGAUGAAGAAAGGCGAAUUCGCAGACGCUCUGGGAGUCAGUAGCAAGAGUCUCAAUGACUUCCUCGGGAGGGGUAAGGGCCCUAUGGAUGGCUCUGGGAGUGCGACGUAUGGGGCUGCGUGGGAGUUUUUCAAGAAGAGGGAGAUGGCGGGGAUCAAGGCGCCGGCGGCGAAGAAGGCGAAAGCUACUACCGCUUCUGCCCCUGUGGCUGUUGCUGUUGCUGAGCCGGUCACCGAUAUCCGUGGUAUUUCUUUGAGCGGCGAGGCCUCCGACUCUGUGCCCGUUUACGAUUCCUGCGACGAAGUGCGCAAGAAAAUCGCCGCCCAUCUGCUUAGAUCCGGCGUGACCCAAGCGCAGUUCUGCCGGGAUCUCAGUGCGCAAUUACACACUGAAGUGAAGAAGAUUCAGAGCAAGCAACUUAGCGAUUUCCGCAGCAAGACUGGGGCCACGUCGGGGAAUACGUCAAUCGUGUAUUACACGGCGUACUGUUACUUUGAGAAGAUGCGUUUGGCAGAGGGGAAGCCCAAGUCGAAGCAUCGGGUGGGUAUGGAGGGGACGUGGCCUGGGGGUGUUGAUACGACGAGGGUCAGGAAUCAUGCAUGGUGUCCCCAAGGCCGCCGACCCGUAAUGGACACCUACGGCAAAGUCACAAUCAGGUAG